CAAGUUAAAUAAUCAUAAAACUUCAGUGAAAGCAGAAAAGGUGAAAGGAAAAAAAGGGUGUAAACCACCGCGCCACUAGCCGGCAGUAGUAGACUGAAACCGAGGCAAAAGCAAACACUGGAAGGCAAAGCAAAACCUUGUGAGAGAAGAGAGGUGAUGGAUGGUACGGAGAUAGAGAGACCCACAUUACGGCUCACCAACAUACCCCAAACCGCCGUUGCCAAAGAUCUCUUAGACUUCUUCGAGUCCAAGCUCGGCCCUGAUUCGGUCUUCGCCAUUGAGAUCUCUACCGACCGCAACAACUGGAAGUCUCGUGGUUUUGGCAGAGUGCAGUUCGCUGCUCCCCAAGCUAAGUCCGAUGCCCUUCGUCUCUCCCGCCACGAUCACCUCCUUUUCAAGUCCCAUUCUCUUAAACUCUCUCGAACUUAUGAUGACAUCAUCCCCAGACCCAUCAGGGCCGAUCAUAGGCUUGAUGGUGGAGUCCUUCAUGCGGGUUUUAUGUCUAGUGAUGAUUGCUUGCGUGUCUUGGAGCGCUGGGAGGGUGUGAGAGGUUGGAUAAUGCCCGAGAGAAGGAGAUUGGAAUUUUGGGUAUGGACCGAUGGAGAGUGUUACAAGCUUGAUUUUCUGUUUGAUGAUAUUUUUGAGACUGUUGGCUGCUGCUUCGAUGGCUCUGCAUGCAAUGCUCUUCUCUUGAGGGUUAGGUAUGCUCCAAGGAUAUAUCAGAAAGUAUCUGGGCCGAAUGUGGCUUCAAAAUUCAGUACGGAUCGGUAUCAUAUAUGCAAGGAGAAGUUUGACUUCCUUUGGGUUCGAACAACAGAUUUUUCAAGGAUAAAAUCGAUUGGGCAAUCGACUUCGUUUUAUUGGGAAUUUAAUGCAGGAUUUUCAAUCUCGGAUAUGUCUACAUAUCUCCCGUGUUAUAGAGAAGACAUCCAAUCUCCAUCUUUAGAGGCCAGAAGAGAAUUCUCAUCUCCAUCAGAAAUUGUUCCGCUUGUAAAGUUCCCAUCAGAUUCCAAGUUAGCAUAUGAGAUCCUUUUUCAGCUCAAUGCCCUUGUUCAUACUCAAAAAAUUAGCAUUGCUGCAGUGGACACUGAUCUGAUUGGUAUCCUCAGUGGUUUGCCUGUCGAAACUGCUGUAAUGAUUCUGCAGAAGCUUCGCCUGCUGCAGUCCCCUUGCUAUAAUCCCGUUUCAUUUGUGAAAGCAAAAUUACCUACAGGAAAAAACUACCGAAUUCCUUUAUCUGUUUCUGAAAGGUUAAAAAAUCACAAUGUCAUGAGCUGUCGUAGAGCCCUAAUUACGCCUACAAAGAUUUAUUGCUUGGGUCCCGAGCUUGAAACAGCUAAUUAUGUGGUAAAGAACUUUGCAGAAUAUGCUUCAUAUUUUAUGAGAGUCACUUUUGUUGAAGAAGAUUGGAGUAAGCUUUCUGCAAAUGCCAUUUCUACUGGUGUGCAUCUGGGUGUUUUUUCUAGACCUUUCAAAACAAAAAUAUAUGACAGGAUAUUGUAUGUUCUUCAGAAUGGAAUUGUUAUCGGAGAUAAGCGAUUCGAGUUUCUGGCAUUUUCUGCUAGUCAGCUUCGAUCGAAUUCUGUCUGGAUGUUUGCGUCUAAUGAUGAGGUUAAAGCAGAAGAUAUUAGAGAAUGGAUGGGAUGCUUCAAGAAGAUACGUAGCAUAUCUAAGUGUGCUUCAAGAAUGGGUCAAUUGUUUAGUUCCUCGAUGCCGACUCUUGUUGUCCCUGUGCAGGAUGUGGAGAUUAUUGAUGAUAUUGAAGUUAAAACUGAUGGCAUUAAUUAUUGCUUCUCUGAUGGUAUAGGGAAAAUUUCUCUGCCUUUUGCUAGACAAGUUGCUGAGAAGUGUGGAUUGAAUCACAUUCCAUCAGCAUUUCAAAUAAGAUAUGGUGGUUACAAAGGUGUCGUUGCUGUUGACCGUAACUCCUUUUGGAAGAUGUCUCUGCGUGAUAGCAUGCUAAAGUUUGAAUCUAAAGUCAGGAUGCUUAAUGUCACCAAAUGGAGUGAAUCCAUGCCUUGCUUUUUGAAUCGAGAAAUUGUUACUCUCUUCUCCACCUUGGGCAUCAAGGAUGAAGUUUUUGAGAGAAUGCAAGAGGAACAACUGUGUCUGCUUGGCAAAAUGCUAACAAAUAGAGAAGCAGCUUUGGAUACCUUACAAAGUUUAGGUGGAGUUAAUUCCAAGAACAUUCUGGUUGAAAUGCUUCAGUUUUAUGAGCCAAAUGUCCAACCUUACCUCUCAAUGAUGCUUCAAGCACAUUAUGAGAAUCUACUGUCUGAUCUAAAAAGCAGGUGCCGUAUAUUUGUUCCAAAGGGACGGAUCUUAAUUGGUUGUUUGGACGAAACUGGUACACUGAAUUAUGAUCAAGUUUAUCUCUGCAUAAAAAUGAAAAAAGCAGAACUAGAAUGUGCAGACCAAAGUUACUUCCGUAAGGUGGAUGAGGAAACAGCUAUAGUUAUAGGAAAGGUGGUUGUCACAAAAAAUCCUUGCCUUCACCCCGGGGAUGUCAGAGUCCUUGAGGCUGUUUAUGAACCCCAACUAGAAGAGAAGGGUUUGGUGGAUUGCCUUGUUUUCCCCCAGAAAGGUGAAAGGCCGCAUCCAAAUGAAUGCUCGGGUGGUGAUCUUGAUGGGGACCAGUUUUUCAUUAGCUGGGACAAAGAUCUCAUCCCAUGUCAAACUGAGCCGCCAAUGGACUACACUGGACGAAGACCUCGGAUAAUGGAUCAUGAGGUGACCUUGGAGGAAAUUCAGAAGUUUUUUGUUGACUACAUGAUCAACGAUACUUUGGGUGCCAUUUCUACUGCACAUCUAGUGCAUGCUGAUCGUGAACCAGACAAAGCGUGCAGUGAAAACUGUCUAGCAUUGGCUACUCUUCACUCUAUGGCUGUUGAUUUUGCCAAGACAGGCGCACCGGCUGAGAUGCCUCGUGCUCUGAAACCAAGGGAGUUUCCGGACUUCAUGCAAAGGGGAAACAAACCCAUGUAUACUUCCUCUGGUGUACUAGGAAAACUGUACCGUGCUACAAUCAACUCCACAGUGCAAACAAGGUCAAAGUUUGUUUGGACAAAAGAGAUGGCCGAGUUAGUUUAUGAUCAUGACCUGGAAGUAAAUGGCUUUGAGUCGCUGAUAUCAGUUGCAGAGACCCAUAAAGAGAUGUAUGAAGAGAGAAUGAGCUUAUUGAUGAGUUAUUAUGAUGUAGAGUAUGAGGACGAGAUCCUGACAGGUAACAUAUACAACAAAGCACAGUUUUUGCUGCGAGACAACCGGAGAUAUGGAGAAAUGAAGGAACGAAUCGUGUUGUCUGUCAAGGACCUACAGAGAGAAGCUAAAGAAUGGUUUAAGAGUAGCUGCAGCAAGGCUGAUGAGCAUCAAAAACUUGCCUCAGCAUGGUAUUAUGUGACUUACCACCCGAAUUACUUCCAGGAAAGGAUGAAUUCCUUGAGCUUUCCAUGGAUUGUUGGAGACAUUUUACUGAGGGUUAAAUCUCGGAAUAAGUUUUUGAAUAGCCGAGAAAUUCAGAGAAACCGACCGAAAUUCGAUAAUGUCUACAUUAAGUCCCCAAGAAGGCAUACUUCAGGUGAUGAAUCAUCCAUGGAAUGACCAAAUUUAAUAAUAUUCUCCUGUGAAUGUAAACUGCUGUCUCGCUAAUUUGAAAUGAUUUGAAAGGAUAUGGGUAGGGAAAAUCAAGGUAUUUAAAAUUUAAGAACUACAAUUUUAUUUUUA